GCUAUUCGCGAAGCGUUCGAAUUAUCGCCUACUAAAUUUGAGGCUCUCGUCAAAGGCUUCCAACAAGAGUACAAUACGGGCCUUACUACAUCCUCUGCAGAAAUCGCCACCAUGAUCCCUUCGUACGUUACUCGUAUGCCAAAUGGCAAAGAGAAAGGCACUUUUCUAGCAUUAGACCUUGGAGGAAGCACCCUCCGAGUCUCAGCAGUCAACUUACUUGGCGAAGGCGAAGUUAAAGUAACUGAAGUACGUCGGGCAAUUGCCGUGGCCGACCCACUCCGUACCGGAACAUCAGAUGCCUUUUUCGAUUGGAUUGUGGAAGCUGUCGAUGAAUUACUGUCCAAAAUCAAUACACAUACACCUCUUUCAAUGGGUGUCUGUUGGAGCUUUCCUAUAGACCAGACUGGUAUAUCAACUGGUACAAUCCUUCGUAUGGGAAAAGGGUUUGAUAUCAAAGGUAUCGAAGGGAAAGACUUGAAUAUCCUAUUCCAAGAAGCUUUUAAGCGCAAAGCUAUCAAUGUGACCGUCACUGCAAUUUUAAAUGACACAGUGGGAACUUUGGUUGCACAUGCAUAUACCCACCCGCAAGCCAGAAUUGGGUUUAUUUAUGGAACUGGGGUUAAUGCAGCUUAUCCAGAGAAAGUUUCCCGUAUUCAAAAGUUGAAGAAUCAUAAUAUGGGACCAGAUGUAGAGAUGUUGAUAAAUACAGAGAUUGACAUCUUCGGAAAUGAGUCCUAUCUCCCUUUAAACCGCUUUGAUCUUGCCUUGGAUGCAACUCACUCGCAGCCAAAAUUUCAGCUCUAUGAGAAAAUGAUGUCUGGAGCUUACCUAGGCGAACUUACCCGACUUGCUUCUUUGGAAUUGAUUGCUUCCGGAGAUCUGUUCAAAGGAAAUAUCCCGAAUCAGUUUAAAAACCCUUGGGAUUUUUCUUCUGCCUCUGUUAGUAUUCUUGAGAGUAACGCUGUUACUCGAUGGGAAGAUCAAAAAGUCGCCGUAGAGACUUUACUGACAUUCGAGAAUGAGUACCAAUUAUCAGCUACAGAUUUAUCGCUAUUAAUACAGGUCGCACAUCUUAUCUCGGAUCGUGCUGCCCGUCUUGCUGGUGGUGCCAUGGUCUCUUUACUCGAACAGCAGAAAAUUAACUUGUCUGAAACAGACCCCAUUGUAAUCGGUGUUAAUGGCUCAGUUUAUGAACUUUACCCUCAAAUGCCAGAACGUAUCCAACAAAGUUUAAUUGAUUGGUUUGGCCCAACUAUUAGUAGUAGACUACAAAUAUCGCUGGCCACAGAAGGCGGAAGCAUCGGAGGUGCAUUGAUUGCGAUG